GUAAAUCACUUUGCAGCUUGACUCUGUGUUAGCCACAUCUCAGCAAAGUGGUCAACAGCUCAUAAUCAUCAGGUCGACAACCUUCAAUUUGAAUACACUUUUAAAGAACCAAGGUCAGUCAUUGUAGCUAUCGUUACGUUAACGUUAUAUAACAGACAGUGUCUAUCACUGACGGUCGACUCCGGGCCCUUUAACGUUACAUCUUACAACUAAUAGCUAACGUUAACGGUAGCGUUAGCAAAGUAGGUCCAGGUAUGGCGGAGGUUCCCGGGACAUCGAGUGAGACGAUAACGGAGACUGUUGAGACCAGCACACCGCCGCCGCCCCAGCAGGAGGGACGGAGCCUGACAAUCAAGCUGAGGAAGAGGAAGACUGAGAAGAAGGUGGAGUGGUCCAGUGAUACUGUUGACAAUGAGCACCUGGGAAGAAGGUCUUCAAAAUGCUGCUGUAUUUAUGAGAAGCCCCGACAGUUUGGAGAGUCGUCCUCUGAAAGCGAGGGAGACGACGACGACGAAGGGUGCGGCAGUGCUCACUGUAUCCUGGGCCACGGCAGGAGAGACCAUGGACAGAGGGGGGGUGGGGGUACCACAGUGCCCCCAAACUCUGGAGGGUCACACACCCACUAAUGAGCACUGCAGGCUUAUUGUGGGGUCUGAGGGGUUUCUAAGCACGACAAAACUGCACUCUUUUUUUUUUUUUUUAAAGUUUAGUUCCAUCACUGAGGUACAGGCAGGCCUGGUGCUGUGUUCCAGUCAUGAGUCAGAAAGUCCCAGCUGCUGGAGAAGGGUUACAGCCCCUGUACUGCUGAAUACUAAAAGACACAGAGCAACAGGGAUUAUUGAAUUAGCCUAAUGGAAAAUGCUGCUCUCCUUUCAAUAGCUAAAAGAGUGUUCAGUAUUGUGCCACCUUAACAUGGAAUGAUAACUACUAAGUUCACAUUUUAAAUGUCUUUUAAUCUCAAAGGAGACAUGAUGAUGAUAAUAAAAUUUAAAGGGCAUUACCAGUCUUGUUGCAUGUUUUAGCCUUUUACUACAAAUCACACAUAGUAUGCAUUAUUACAACACUGCUGAGCAUGUUCCAAAUAAUGUUGUAGGGUGGUAGAAUUUUAAAUUCUUUAUUAUUUUCCAGGUGCUAGUUUGUUUCAUUUCAUGCAAUGAAAAUUCACUUGCAACUAAAGAUUAUUCUCUGCAUCAAUUAAUCUGCUUAAUAUUUUCUUUUUUAUCAAAAAUCCUGGAGAUAUUCACUUUACAAAUAUAUGCCACGGUAUAAAUAUAUUGACUCCUAUGACUAAAAUGGUUAUCAAUUUUUUUUCUUUUUUUAAUGCACCAUCAGCCUGCACUUACACCUGCAUUACCACCUAGUGGUAACUAAACUUUUAAACAAUAAAACAACAUAAAUUGUGGAUUACAUAAAAAAAAGCAACUUUUUUUUUUUUUUUUUUCUACAAGCAUGAUUUUGAUACUGCCUGGAAGUUAAGACAAAAAAAUCAUUCAAAAAAUAAAAAGAGCGCAGUAUGCUUUGGUCAGCAGAAAUGUACACAAUAUGUGAUCUGUCAUAAAUUAGCUAAAACAUGUAAAAACACCAGUUGCGUACCAAUAUGGUGUAUUUUGUGUAAUGAGACCAACAUGGAUUAUUGUAUUAGCCUAAUUGAAAAUCUUGUUCCCCUUUCAACACCUAAAAUACAUUCGAUACUGUUCAAACUGACAUCAUUAGCAUGAAAUGGCAGCCACUGCAAGGGUUAAACCCUCGAGCAUACAGAUUUUAGGACAUGCUGUACUGAUAACUGAAUUGAUCCUUCCUAAGUCCCGCCCGUUUUUGCUCUGGUCCAAUGACAGUUGAGCAAGGCUCGGUCCGAACCUCAGCCAACUUUCUCCUUUCCUGUACUUAGAUAUGCUAUGUGCUAGGCUGAUCUGUGUUGAAUAGACAACCACAUUUUGACGAUGGUCGAAAGAUGAAAGCAACAUAUAUAGUCACAUUUUAAGUUGGCUAACGUUACUGAAGUGCUAGCUAACUAGGUAGCCAAUCUACAUUAAUCGUUAGCUAGCCAUUUGGCUAAUUAGCUAGCUAACAAUUGAUGUAGAUAAGUUAGUUAGCUAGCUAGCAUUCUGCUAACAUUCGCUAACUUAAGAUGUGACUAUAUAUUUGGCAUUUCUAUCUUUAAAAUGUGAUUGUAUUUUCAACAUGGAUGACCCUAGUACAUAGCAUUUCUGAGUACAGGAAAGGAGGAAGUUGACACAAUCAGAACAAUCUGAGUUGAGAAACCUUUGACCAGACUCCAUGCUUGUAAUUCCAACAGGAAAUGCAGUCACGUUGCACUUUCCCCAGCUGACUGUGAUGUGUCUCUGGAACGCAGCAUACAGUAUGUUAGGAGCUUUGAAGAGACGGUCAUAGAGACCACAAAAUGCUGUCUGGCUGUGUUUUUUUUUUUUUUCAUUUUUACAAAGUGGCAGAGAUAAUUGUAUAUAAUACAGCACAUUGUGAUUUUUUUUAUUUAUUUGCUGGUCUUAAUUCAGAAUUUGUUCAUAUUUGACAUGCAGUCGGCCACAGUCUGUGUAAUGACAUUGCAAUUACAAACCAGUAUGUGAUGAUUUGAAUUAAAAAAGACUGAAGAUUGGACACCGACAAUGAUCUCACUGUUAUAUUUAGUAUUUAGUUUAGUAUUAUAUUUGUUGUUUUUAGACCAGAUUUAGUUAAUGCCAGUUGCAGCUUUGUGACGAUUGCUGUCAGAACAUAUUACACAAGACUGUAAUUACAUUAUAACCACACGUUUUUAUCGGUACCAUCGGUAUGAUCCGUAAUAAUCCUUAACCCAGUACUGGUACCCGUUCUUCAUAUGUCGAUAAAUUAAUUAACUUGAUUUAACUGUAGAUGCUUUCUCAGUUCCUCAACCCCGUUUCAAAGUGUAUCUGAAGCUGAAAAAAAACAUAUUCCUUUCCUUAAGGACAAUACAGAUACUCUGAUGUGUUUAUCAUUUUAGAUGUCAAAUAUUAAGAAAAUUCACAAUUUAAACUUUCACAAGAAUAGAAAUAAAAUGCCUAUAUAAAUGGUCAAUUACACUAUAUCGUAAAAUAAAUAAGUUCAGGUAAAAAAUCAGACCUCUAUCUGUGUCUGAAAGUUAGUAUUUUGCUGGAACUUAAACUAUAUCCUGACAGUAGUGCACAAGACAGAUGAUCUGAAAAAAUCAGGUUCUUCUGGCUCUUCCUACUUCUCUUAAUGACAUUUGGAAGAAUUCACCAGGCCUAAACAAAAACAACCAAUCAGAGACACUUCCAAAAGAUCACUGUUUCUCCCACACUGUUGGGCAAACAAAGAACGUCCCGGAGGGGCUGCGAGCUGAGCUGCUGCUAACGUUAGCUCAGCUUGUUUCUCUGAACUUAAGAUCCAGACUAAAAUCCUUCAUCCAGUUCAAAUCUAGACUUAAAAAGCACCAAGAUCUAAACGGGAUGGUAAAAUGUGGCUUCAAACUGGAUAAAAAGUCAAUGAGAGAGAGAGAGAGAGAGAGAGAGAGAGAGAGAGAGAGAGAAGAGAGCGAGAGACAGACAGACAGACAGACAGACAGACAGGUGCACAGUAACAACAGUAUUGGCAAUGGCAAUCUAGCAGGACCAUGGCAGGAGGCUCCACCAGGAUCGACAAUUCGUUCAACUACUUAUGAAGAAUGGGGGAGGUCUGGGUUUGCGCUAUUACUGUGGCUUGAAAUAAAACAUGAGUCAAGAAAGACUUCUAGUUGCCAGAACAGUUCUCACCUCCUCGGCCAAAACUUUUGACAUUAAAUAUUUGUCUUUGCAGAGCUAUAAUUGUCAGUUUGCUGUAAUGACUGAUUACAGAUUAUUAUUAUAUUUGUUGUGUUUUAAUUUUCUGACAGCAUUAGUUUUGAUGAGUUAACAGAAGAGUGUUGUUAUUUUUGACCUUCUGCAUCCUCUGCUGGUUUUCAUUUGCUUUAUUGAUUUUCAGAUAAAUCCAAUGUAUCCACUGGACAAUCCUUUGUAUUGGAAGAAUUGGUUUGUAGAGUUGUUUCUUUGCAUAUGAUUUAAUGAGUGAAGUCAGAAUGGAGGAUGGUUAAAUUGACUGUUAAUACACUCAUUCACUUAACUCCUUGGACUCCUUAGGUACCCAUUAAAUUCAGCUGCACGUUGGCCGUUAAAGAAGCCAAAUUUGACGCUAUGAACUUAAAUGGAAAAUUCAUGUUUUAUGUGGAUUUACAAUCAGUGUUGAUGAUAAAUGUAGUCAAUUGAAGCAAUAAAUUCCUCCCUGCGUGCUGUAUUUACUAAGAAACAGCUGCAAAAUCUGUUCUUCCAGCACUAUCACCGUCAUUUGACAGUGCAGUGAUGUAGUUGGUGUCAAGGAAGAACUACAGGCUGUAAAAUGUAAAGAUAUAGCUACAUGUGGAAAAAGAAACAGUCAAACUGCAGGAACUCAUGUGCUUGGCAACGUUGUGUAACUUAGCUCCCAGUAGCUAACCUAGCUUGCUCAGUGGACGUGGGUAUCAAACGUUUGCACACUUGAAAUAUAUAUCCAAAAAAUAAAGUUUGCAUGCAGUGCAUCCUGUUACAUGUAGGCACUGCCGACAUGGCUCAGCGAGCAGGAGAACUCAGCUUUCUCGGUCAAUAAAGCACUCACUGGAAACUUGAUUGCUUCAAUGGACUACAUUUACCAUCAACACUGAUUGGACAUCCACAUAAAAGGUGGCUUUUUUCCCCCUUUAAAGACAAUGGGUGUUUGUGCUUGUCCAGUUGUGCUCUGCAGUGACUGACAUGUUUUAUUGAUGAGGUAAAACUGGUAAAAACAGCGUUCUAUGAUUGGAGGUCCAUUCCAGACCAGUCAGUACAUAUGAAACUGGAUCACAGCUAACAUAGCAUACAGGAAAGCAGAGGUGACUGCCAGCCCAGGGUUUACUCUCAUGUUUCAGCUAUGACCAAAUCUUACCUAAUACAGGUUCCAUCACCAUCAUCUUCAUCCAAUUUUAGACCACGUUUGAUAUGUGACAGUAGUGUGGAUUACACUUUCAUUAAUGCCAACACUUUAUGUACUAUCUAUACAUUGUUACAUAUGUACAUUGUUCUCGUACUGGUAAUGCACCUUCCUGUAUAUACUUUAAAGCAUAAUGAGAGAUUUAAUGUGAAUUAAAGUUUUGAACUGUGAUUAAA